ACGUAACAGCGUACGGUGAGGAGACGGAAGUCACGUGACCUGACUGAGUUCUGUCAUGUGAUGGUUCCUGCGUUUGCAGCGGAGCGCUUUACAGUCAACAGACAAACAAAACGAAAAAGCGCUUCUGAGACGAAAAACUCACACAGAGAAGAGGUUGAACCUGCUGGACGGCUGUCAUGGGGUGCUGUUUCAGCAGCGAUAGCGAAACGUCGGAGCAGAAUGAAGAAGUAAAGCCAUUGAUUCCUGACCCAAACUUGGACAGAAAACCCACUAAUGGCUCGGAGCGAAAUGCAGACAGCCUGCCGUCCAACCGCACAGAUGAACAGGCCCUGCUCACGACCAUCCUGCAGCGGACAGCCCUGAACAUAAUUGACGUGUCGGCUGUUGAUUCUCAAGGCAUGGAGCAACAUGAAUACAUGGACAGAGCCAGACAGUACAGCACCAAGCUGGAGGUGUUGAGCAGAACGCUGUCUCAGAAGAAGCCCGUUCCUCUUCCGUCACUGACCAGCCAACCUCACCAGGUGCUCGCCGCUGACCUGGUCCCCUACGCAGAUCUACAGCAGGUCUCUAAGAUCGCUGCAUAUGCCUACAGCGCCAUCUCACAAAUCAAAGUAGAUGCCAAGGAAGAGCUGGUGGUGCAGUUUGCUAUACCAUGAUUCAAAAGAUGGACCUCCUCCCUCCCCAGUUCCUCUGUUUCUGUCUCUCUUUCUAGCCCUUUCACUCCUCCGUUCUCCUUCCAAACUUCUUGAGAUGCAGACACCCAUGUCUUUGUUCUCUGAAUGCCCUGCAGAUAAAUAUAAUUCACCCCAACCAGACCUCCUUGUGUAAAUCCGUCACCCGCCAUGGCACAGAUCCGAGAGGGUAAAAACAUCUGAUCUACUAUCUUUGUUACUGGUAGUUUUUCAUGCUUUAAUCAAACCCUUUUUCACCAAAUGCAUCAGAAAUGUUCAACUCGACAGCGUCGAGCUGCUACGAUCGCUUCGGUGAGCUUUUGUUUAGUUUUAUUCGUUCUUGUUGAUUCUUCUUCUGUUGGCUUUUCAGUUUCCUGAUUAGAUGGAGAUUGUUAAACCAAGUAGCACAUCCAGACUUCUCAAUUACUCUUACACUUGUACUAAAGUUAAUUGUAUAUUUACUCAGUUUGGCUGGGUCAACUUAACACAUAGGUUAUGGUUCAGUUCAGUAAUGUAAUUAAUUCUCUUGUAGUAUUCUUGAAUCACUGUGGUUUAGAGUUUAUUAUUUCUAAAUCAUUCACAUAAUUGUAUGCACUGAGGUUCCAGAUUGGGAUGUGGAUUAAUAUGGACAACAUACAUAAUACUUGUCUAACCAGAGUAACACACAUGUAAUGUUCUUUAUUGAACUAAUUUGCUUUCUGUGGCUGAUCUGCUUUAAAUUCUUUUGAAUUGAUUUUCAACUGGUUUAGAUUUGAGUCUAUCACUGUUAACUACCCAAGAGCUGAAAGCAUGGGAUGUCCUGCAACUUUAGACAUUAAUUUGUGUUUUUUCCUAAUCGUUUACCUCUAUUUGCCAAUAGAUCGUAAUCAGGUUGGAUGCCGUAUUGAAUUUUUACGCAGAUGAAAACAAAGCUGUGAUGGACAGACUUACUUUACAGUCUUUACAAUAGCACUUACUGUAUAAAAAUCAUAUAAUGUCACAACUUUUAAACUGUUUAUAGAGUUUUUGCCUACUGAAAGUUUUUUUUUUUUGGGAAGAAGUUUUGUCAGUUCACUGUUAAACAAUAGUACAAUCCAUUCAACGCACCGCACUUCAGUCCCUCACAGCCUCAUUUUCAUUCCCGUCAAAAUUUAAACAUGGCACUACUCUCACAAAGGUCUACAUCACAAGCAUAUAUAGAUCAGUGGUCUGUAUGCAGUUUUUAUGGCGGAUGGUAAAUAUCAUGGGACGUUUGGCAUACGUGUCAUAUCAGAAAUUAAAUUUGAGAUUUUGAAUCCUCUGAAGCGGCUCUGCUAUUGCUUUUAAGAGAAGAGAAAGUAUUUCUCUGACCGUGCACCUCUCCUAUAACCAUUGUUGUGCAGUCGUAACGGAAAAGGCGAACCCCGGUUAAACCGAGCCAGAACAGCAUGGCCUGUCUAACGAAUAAUCAUACUGUCAACUCCGAAUGUUUUGGAUGGGGAGGUGGGUUUGAAUUGGAAUUCAUCGUUUGUAAAUGAUGUUUUUGUGUCAAUGCCUUUAAUGUACAGAGUGUAAAAUGAUUCGAGAUGAAUGAUUAAUACGUGUGUAGCGGGAAGUGUAAACGGCUCUACGGUGCCCCCUGGCUGCAUUAUGCCUUAGUCGUAAGGCUUCGCGAUCGAUAGCUUGUUUUUAGCUAAGCAAACAGGCAUGCUUUUACCUUGCCUGUUCCACUUUUAACAUAAAAAAAAUAUUAUUGCAUUGCUUUAACUUAGUCCAUCAAAUUUUUUGCUGUUGUGCCGAGAAACAAGGGAAGAACUUGUGAAUUCAAACAACUAGCGUUCUUUCCUGACAGAGUUUGAGAUGCCACACAGUAUGUUUGUGUAAUUAUUUAUUUUGAUUUUAUGUAUUUAUGCAAGCUCACAGACCAGUGUGGCACAGUUAGCUCUCUAGAUCAUGGCAAGGCACCUUUGUCUUUCUUUGAGGUUUUUAAAGGGAUAAAAUGCGCUGCAAAUAUUUUGUUUUCUGUUGCAGUGUACUAAUAGUGUUAAAGUUUGUUUGUUUGUUACCUAAAUGUGGAAUACUACCUGAUUUACAGAGAAAACAUUUCUUAGGCUAGUACCAAAAAAUUAAUCUCAAUAUUCUGUUAAAACUGUUUUUGUUGAAUAAAAUUAUGCAUUAAAGACUUUCAAAAUUG